AUGGGGAAACCAGCAGGGUAUUGGGUGAAUAAGAUUAGGACAUCCUUCAAAGGAGGAUCAUCUUCGAGCAAAUCACUAGAUGAAGGAAGUGCUUCGGGUUCUAGAAAGAACGGUAGUAAGAAUCAGAAAACAGAGGAAGGCAAUAAGAAGGGUGAAGCUGAGAGUGGGAGGAAAGUGAUGGUUGUUGUGGACACAACUUCACAGUCAAAGAAUGCUCUUCAAUGGGCAUUAACACAAUGUGUUCAAGAUGAAGAUAAUAUCACUCUCCUCCAUGUCACAAAAACACCUGUAGCACAAGCUACAGAUGAGACACAAGGGCAGAGAAACUCAAGGGCUCAUGAACAAGUUCAUCCACUGAAGAACUUGUGUCAGCUCAAGAAACCUAAUGUGAAGACGGAGAUAGUGGUGGUUGAAACGGCGGAGGAGAAAGGGAAGACGAUAGUGGAGGAAGCAAAGAAACAAGGAGCAGGAGUUUUGGUUUUAGGUCAGAGAAAACGAACUUCGAAGUGGCGUGUGAUUUGGAAGUGGCGAGCAAAGAGAGGAAUGGGAGGAGGAGUGGUUGAGUAUUGUAUUCAUAACUCCGAGUGUAUGGCUAUUGCCGUAAGGAAGAAAAGUAACAACGGCGGUUACUUGAUCACCACGAAACGUCACAAAGAUUUCUGGCUCUUGGCCUAG